AUGCGAUUCCAUGUGACUUUGGCCUUGGCGGCCCUUACUAGCGCCGUAUCAGCUCAGAUUACGCUCACGCCGACAACCGUGUGCCGCGGCGCGACGUGCAUCACGACGACGACGACAGGAGACGGCAGCAUCCCCACAGGGCCCGGCCACGAUGAUCCGUGGCCUGGAACGGAGCCCACCAACGACACCGGCGGCGGCAUCGACACCGGCAAUGGAAACGGAAACGGAGAAACCACCGCCCCGACAGGAGAGCGGGUUACCGUGACGGAAACGCUACGGGAAACGUCCACCAUCACCGCGGUUCAGGAGGUGACUCGCCUGGUCACGCUGACCAACGAGAGGACCGUCGUGAGCACCACGACCCAAGUGCAGGUCGUGACCAGCACAGUCACGUCGACGGUCGUCACGACCGCUCCCUGCGGAGCCCCGCCCGCCGCUGCAUGCCCUACCGUUACUUCCACGGGUACGGCCUGCAGGACGUGCCUGCUGCCCGGCUGCAACACCACCGUGAAGCUGACCAAGCCCUGCGGCUGCACGGGCGCGCUUCCUACUACGACUGUCGACUUCCCUGCACCGCGGCAGGCAUCUGCAACAAGAUCGGAUGUGCGACCGUGUAUAGCACUGUGA